AUGGAUAAAAACGAAAAUAUCUUCAUCAUCGAAACUUGCGAGAACUGCCGCCAACACAAUUGGAACACCCGCCACGACGAGAACAAGUACAAAAACUAUGCUCUCGAAAUGAGCGCUAAAAUCCAAGAAUUCAUCCCUAACGCCCAAGUCCAAAUCAACGAAAUUCCAAAGAACUGGGUCGAUUAUGAGAUCUAUUGUCAAUUGGUUCCCAACAGUGACCCCGCCAAUCCAUUCUUCAAGAUACUCCCAAGAAUUGGAGCCUUCGAAGUCUCAUUUAAAGGAGUCCUAAUUUUUUCGAAAAUGCUCUCAGGAAUGUGGCCUCACUUUGACGCAGUAGCUGGCAGAUGCUAGAAGCUCUUUGAGGAUUUUCAGAGUGGUCAGGACAUCUAGAAAUUUCAAACAAAUGGCUAAGAAGCUAAAAGAGUUGAUAUGAAAAAGACAAAGAGAUUUGAAUCACCAUCUAAAUCACCUGACAUGACGAUGUCCUCUUCAAUCAAACCCCAAAACUAAUCACCAAAGGCCUCAUUAGUCAUUUAGGAGACAAAGGCACCAGCUGAGGAAAAGCCAGUUAUUAAGGACCCAAAACCUGCACCAUAAGAACAAAAACCACCUGCUAAAGAAGAAAAGAAGGAAGCUCCCAAACAUGAUGCUCCAGCUGAUGUUUUAUGCUCCAAUAAAUUAAAGACUCCUGAAGAUUUAACUGGUUUCCCAACUUUCCCAGCUGGUACUAAAUCUUCCCUAUCUAGACAUCUAAGCAGAGAUAUUUGGAAUAAAUACCACAAUGAAAAGGACUCUUAUGGAUUUAGCUUCAAGCAAGCAAUCUUCUCAGGUUGCUAGAAUGUUGACUCAGGCAUCGGUGUUUACGCAGGCAGUGAGGAUUCUUAUGUGAAGUUCGCAGAUUUCUUCGAUUUAAUUGUCGAAGAUUAUCACAAACACAAGAAGGUUGAUAAGCAUGUCUCUGAUAUGACCACUACAAAGCUAAUUGCUCCACCCUUCCCCAAGGCUGAUGCUAAAAUGAUUAAAAGCACAAGAAUCAGAGUAGGAAGAAACUUGUAGGGAUUCCCACUUGGUCCAGGCAUUACCAAUGAGCAGAGAAAAUAAAUUGAGACUAAUGUUGUCAAAGCUCUCGAAACCUUCGAAGGAGAUCUUGCAGGAAAGUAUUACCCACUCAAUAACCUGUCUGAAGCUGAUAGAAAGAAGCUUAUUGAGGAUCAUUUCUUAUUCAAGGAAGGAGAUAGAUUCCUCGAAGCUGUUGGGCUUAACAGAGACUGGCCUAACGGCAGAGGUAUUUUCCAUAAUAACGAAAAGACCUUCCUUGUUUGGGUUAAUGAAGAAGAUCAACUUAGAAUUAUCUCCAUGCAAAAUGGAGCUGAUCUUAAGACUGUAUUUGAUAGACUUUGUAGAGCAUGCGCUCACAUCGAGAAAGUAGCCAAAUUCUCUCACAACGAGCAUCUUGGUUAUAUCACAUCAUGCCCAACCAACCUUGGAACUGCUCUCAGAGCCUCAGUUCAUAUUCAUCUCCCAGUUCUUGGAAAAUAAAAGGAUGCUUUUCAAGCUAUUGCAGACAAAUAUUACGUCUAGAUUAGAGGAGCUCAUGGUGAGCACACUGAGACUGAUGAUCACAUCUAUGAUAUCUCAAAUAAGAGAAGAUUAGGUAGAAGUGAAGCAUAGCUCGUACAAGACAUGUAUGAUGGUGUUAAAGCCAUGAUCGACAAAGAGAAGGAGCUGUCAAGAGCUGUAGGUCCAAAGGAAAUGGAAGUCGGAACUCAUCUAAAGAAGGCAAAGGAAAUCAUUGCUUACCCCAGAUUCCCAGCAGGCACUAAGAGCUUGCUCAUGAAGAAUCUUACUCCAGAGAUUUUUGAGAAAUACAGAGAUAAGGUUGACAAGCACGGAUUCUCAUUCUUGCAAGCAAUCUUUUCUGGAUGCUAGAACACUGACUCAGGAGUUGGAGUCUACGCUGGUUCUCAUGAUUCUUACUAUGCAUUCUCUGAAUUCAUGGAUAAAAUUGUUGAAUCUUAUCAUGGAGUUAAAUAGCACGUCAAAGAAAUCAAGAUGGAUAGUUCUGCACUCAAUGCCCCACCCUUCCCAGAAGAGGACGCUUCUAUGAUUGUCAGUACCAGAAUUAGAGUCGGAAGAAACUUAGCUGACUAUCCUCUUGGACCAGGUAUUACCAAUGAACAGAGAAAAAUGAUUGAAAAGAGAGUAUCAGAGUCACUUGCAACAUUUGAAGGUGACCUUGCUGGUACCUAUUAUCCUCUCAAUAAUCUAUCUGAGGCAGACAGAAAGAAACUGAUUGACGACCACUUCUUGUUCAAGGAAGGUGACAGGUUCUUGGAAGCAGUAGGUCUUAAUAGAGACUGGCCAAAUGGAAGAGGUAUUUUCCACAACAACGACAAGUCCUUCCUUGUUUGGGUAAAUGAAGAAGAUCAGCUAAGAAUCAUUUCUAUGCAAAAUGGAGCAGAUAUAAAGGAAGUAUUCGAUAGACUCUGCAGAGCUUGCGCUCAUAUUGAGAAAGUAAUCAAAUUCGCCUUCGAUGAAAAGUUCGGCUACAUCACAUCAUGCCCUACCAAUCUAGGAACUGCUCUAAGAGCCUCAGUUCACAUCAAGUUGCCUAAGCUCGGAGUAAAUAAGGAGAAGUUCCAAGAAAUUGCUGACUAAUUCUAUGUAUAAAUCAGAGGCGCUCACGGUGAACAUACUGAGACUGACGAUCAUAUUUAUGACAUUUCAAAUAGAAGAAGACUUGGCAGAAGUACAGUUGAUCUAGUGCAAGAUAUGUACAAUGGAGUCAAAGCUAUGAUCGAAGCUGAGAAAGCCUUAUGA